UCUACUGCUCCUCUUCCUAAUUGUCGCUCAUGUCAUUGCUCUGGUUUACUGGAUUUUUCGCCUUGCAACUGAGAAGCAACCUCAAAGAACUAAGAGAAACUAGUUCUCCACAUUUCUCGGUUUAUCAAUGUUGAUAUGUAGGGAUUUGUCUGGAAACAAAUUGAGUGGUCAACUAUAUGCUUCAGUGAGGAAUCUCUCCUUAUUUUUUACAUCGGGAGAAGAUUGCAAAACCAUGAGCGCCUUUACUGCAUUAUCUAGUUUAGCCAUACUUGGUGAUUCCUGUAAGAUUACGCGUACAUCUAGACAAGAAAUAAGACCGUUCUCUAGUACAACCACACAGAGAAUUGAGGAAGAUUAUGGAGCAGCUCGCGCUGCCUGGGGAGCUGCGGCUGAAGCAAUCAGACAAGACAGAAUAUGCAAUGGUAGUUACCUUACUGCUGAAGAUGUACAGUUUAGAGUCCAUUUUUCCAAACCAUUAAUAUGCACUGGGCUGAUGUCAAAUAACAAGGUUGGCAGUUUAACAUUAUCUCCUGUCGUGCCUCCGACUGAGUUAUUAUUGACAUCGAAAGCAAAAGAAAAGAAGCUGGAGAAAACUUUUAUGCCAGAUUUGGUUGGAUCAGACCAGUCUCAGCCGGAAAAAGUCACUGCCUCUGAAAAGAGCAUUACCGAGGACAACCUUCGUGAGAGGUUGCCAGAUGAAGGCAUUUUAACUCAGAAAAAAGAAAGCAACUUUGCUGAUUUGGUUGGAUCAGAUCAGUCUCAGCUGGAAAACGUUAAUGCCUCAGAAAAGAGCAUUACCGAGGACAACCUUCGUGAGAGGUUGCCAGAUGGAGGCAUUCCAACUCAGAAAACAGAAAGCAACUUUGCUGAUUUGGUUGGAUCAGACCAGUCUCAGCUGGAAAAAGUUACUGCCUCAGAAAAGAGCAUUACCGAGGACAACCUUUGUGAGAGGUUGCCAGAUGGAGGCAUUCCAACUCAGAAAACAGAAAGCAACUUUGCUGAUUUGGUUGGAUCAGACCAGUCUCAGCUGGAAAAAGUUACUGCCUCAGAAAAGAUCAUUACCAAGGACAACCUCCGUGAGAGGUUGGUUUCCAUUUAUGAGAAAGUUUUCAUAGUCAACAACAUCUCACUCGCCAAGGAAGUUGUCAGUAAGCUUACAAAUGAGUACAGGGAUUCAAUCCACGCAUGUGAUACUGAGGUAGCAAAGAUUGAUGUCAAGAAUGAGACACCAGUUGGUCAUGGAGAAAUCAUAUGUUUCAGCAUUUAUUCUGGAUCUCAUGCUGAUUUUGGAAAUGGAAAAUCUUGUGUCUGGAUUGAUGUCCUUGAUGGUGGCGGGAAGGACAUUUUAGUAGAAUUUGCCCCCUUUUUCGAAGACCCGUCAAUUAAAAAGGUAUGGCACAACUAUAGCUUUGAUUGUCACAUAAUAGAGAACUAUGGUCUCAAAGUGUCUGGGUUUUAUGCUGAUACAAUGCACAUGGCACGAUUAUGGGAUUCCUCUAGACGAACAGGGGGAGGCUAUUCUCUUGAGGCACUUACAAGUGAUAAAUCUGUCAUGCGUGCUGCAAGUGUGCCGGUGCCCCCUGCUGAACAACUGUUUGGUAAGGUGUCAAUGAAAACUAUUUUUGGCAGGAAAAAGCUGAAGAAAGAUGGAACUGAGGGUAAAGUUGAUAUCAUUCCAUCUGUUGAGGAGCUGCAAAGAGAGAAUCACAAACUAUGGGUUUCUUACUCUGCAUUCGAUGCUAUAAGUACAUUGAUGCUUUAUGAUAGUUUGAAAACCAAACUCUCUAAAGGGGUCUGGAUGCUUGAUGGAGUUUAUAAAGGGACCAUGCUAAACUUUUAUGAGAGAUACUGGCUUCCAUUUGGUGAGCUUUUGGUUCGUAUGGAAACUGAGGGCGUGCUUGUUGAUCGUUCUUAUCUUGCUGAGUUGCAGAAAGUGGCCCAAGCCGAGCAGGAGAUAUCAUCUAUCAGAUUUCGCAACUGGGCAUCCAAGUACUGCCCUGAUGCAAAAUACAUGAAUGUGGGCAGUGAUACUCAGUUGCGCCAGCUCUUUUUUGGAGGUAUUCUGAAUAGGAAGGACCCUAAUCAGACUCUUGACAUUGAGAAGGAUUUUAAAGUUCUGAAUGCAGAUAAUAUAAUUGAAAAAGACAAGAAGGCUCCAACAAAGUAUUGUAAGAUCACACUUCAUAAGAUUGGUGAUGACAUCGAGACUGAUUUCUAUACUGCUAGUGGUUGGCCAUCUGUUAGUGGAGAUGCUUUAAAAGCUCUUGCUGGUAAAGUUUCUGCUGAUUUUCAAAUCAUGAGCGAAGCAGAUGACAAAGAGGAGGAAGUGUUCUUUCCAAGCAGUGACGAAUCUCCUGGGCUUCAUAAUGAAACAUGUACGGAGCCAGAAGCUUCAGGGUAUGGAACAGCUUAUAAUGCUUUUGGAGGUGGAAAAGAAGGCAUAGAGGCAUGUUAUGCCAUUGCCUCUUUAUGUCAAAUAUGCUCCAUUGACUCUCUAAUAUCAAACUUCAUCAUCCCUUUGCAGGGAGGGGCGGUUUCAGGAAAGGAUGGACGCAUCCAUUGUUCACUGAACAUAAAUACAGAAACUGGGCGCUUGUCAGCUAGGAGACCAAAUUUGCAGAACCAGCCAGCUUUGGAAAAAGACAGGUAUAAAAUCCGUCAAGCGUUUAUAGCUUCACCUGGGAAUUCCUUAAUUGUUGCAGACUAUGGGCAGUUGGAGCUUAGGAUUCUUGCACAUCUUGCAAAUUGUGAGAGCAUGUUAGCUGCCUUUAAGGCUGGGGGAGACUUCCAUUCGAGAACAGCUUUAAAUAUGUAUUCGCACAUACGAGAAGCAGUUGAACAAAAACGUGUUCUACUUGAGUGGCACCCUCAGCCUGGUGAAGAUAUGCCACCAGUUCCACUACUAAAGGAUGCUUUUGCCUCUGAAAGAAGAAAAGCAAAGAUGCUUAAUUUUUCUAUUGCUUAUGGAAAAACUACUGUGGGGCUUGCUCGGGAUUGGAAGGUAUCUGUCAAGGAAGCCAAAGAAACAGUAGAUCGGUGGUAUAGUGACAGGAAGGAAGUUUUAACUUGGCAAGAACAACGUAAAUCUGAAGCACACGAGUUUGGACGUGUUUACACACUGUUAGGACGGACACGCUUGUUCCCUUCACUUAAACAUGCAACCAAUGCUUUUAAAGGCCACAUUGAACGAGCUGCCAUCAAUACUCCUGUCCAGGGAAGUGCUGCAGAUGUUGCAAUGUGUGCCAUGCUAGAAAUAUCAAAGAACCAACGGUUGAAGGAGCUUGGCUGGAAACUGCUUUUACAGGUUCACGAUGAAGUAAUUCUUGAAGGGCCGACCGAAUCAGCAGAGGAAGCAAAGGGUAUUGUUGUUGAUUGUAUGUCCAAACCCUUCGAUGGAAAGAAUAUUCUAAGAGUUGGACUAUCUGUUGAUGCUAAAUGUGCUCAAAAUUGGUAUUCUGCCAAAUAGUGUUGUUUUAGUUCAAAUGCCCUUGCAUUCAAGCACAGUAAUAUGAAAAUGAGAAUACUAUUGGUAAUGUUAAAUUUUAUCACAUCAAGUUAGUAGCAUGUGGUUAAUUAAAUGUAUAUUAAUGAAAUAAUCUGAUGGAGUAUAUGGCCCAGGGACCCCCGGC